CAUGGCUGCGGCGCCGGCGCUGCUGCUCUGGCUGCUCGCGCCGCGGCGCCGUGGCGGGUGCGGGGCAGCCGGGCGCGGGCGCGGCCGGCGCUUCUCGGAGCACAAGCUGUGCGCGGACGGCGAAUGCAGCAUGUUAAUGUACCGGGGUGAAGCUCUAGAAGAUUUCACAGGCCCAGAUUGUCGUUUUGUAAAUUUUAAAAAAGGUGACCCUGUAUAUGUCUACUAUAAACUGGCAGGGAGAGGGCCUGAAGUUUGGGCUGGAAGUGUUGGGCGUAUUUUUGGAUAUUUUCCAAAGGAUUUAAUCCAGGUAGUACACGAAUAUACCAAAGAAGAGCAACAAGUUCCAACAGAUGAAACAGAUUUUGUGUGUUUUGAUGGAGGAAGAGAUGAUUUUGAUAAUUAUAAUGUAGAAGAACUUUUAGGGUUUUUGGAAUUGUCUGAUGCUGCCCCUGGAGAUUCUGAGAAAGCUAUAGAAGAAACUGAGCAUGUGGAAAAACCUCUCAAAGUACCUAAGGAAAGUGAGGCUGAACCAGUGGAAGCCAACCCAGAGGAAGGCAAGAGUGUGUUCUCAGAGAACACUGAGGGUCUCAAGGAGCCAUUCAUGGCUCAGAAGAGCCACUCCCAGGCAAAGAGUCAAGCGGGAAAUGCUCAAGGAGAACAGCUUUCAUUUGAACCUUUUGAAGAAAUGCUGCAAGAUAAAUUAAAAAUGCCAGAAAGUGAAAACAACAAAACUAGCAAUAGCUCUCAGGUCUCAAAUGAGCAGGAAAAGAUGGCCACUUACAAACUUUUGAAAAAAGAAAUGACUCUAGACUUAAAAACCACGUUUGGCUCCACUGCUGACGCACUUGUAUCCGAUGACGAGACAACCAGCCUCGUCACUUCACUAGAAGACGAUUUUGACGAGGAAUUAGACACCGAGUAUUACACAGUCAAGAAGGAGGAAGAGGAGAAUCAAGACUUUGAUGAGCUGCCAUUACUAACUUUUAUGAGCGGAGAAGAUAUGGAAACACCAGUGAAGUCUGGAGUUGAGAAAUAUUCAUCAGACAAGGAUGAAUUCACUGAAAAGGAUAAGGUUGAGGGAAUUAUAUCCCCUGGCAUCAAAAAUGAUGAUACAAAUAUUCUAACAACUUGGGGGGAUACUAUCUUUUCUAUUGUCACAGGAGGUGAAGAAAAAACAGGUGUGAUGGAUUUAGAGAGUUCUGAUUCAGAGGAAGAAAAGGAAGAGGAAGAUGCAUUAGUCGCAGGUAGCAAACAGGAGAGACCACCAUCCACAACAGACUAUGCUGACCCUGAAGAUGAAGAAGGUGGUCUUUUGAUUGUAGAAGUUCCUGAAACAAAUAAUGACAAAGACCCAGAAGUGGACACCAAACUUCACAUUAAAGGAAAAGGGAGAAAUGUUCAGGAACCUGAGAGGGGCCUGGUACAAGAUGAGACAGAAUUAGAGGAUGAGAAGCAGGAAGGGGUGACCAUGCAGGGUUCUACUCAAAGCAGUAACCUCAACUCUUUGCCAGCUGCUGACAAGGGAGGAGACACAGCACAGUCAGCCUUUGAUGACAAAGAGAACGACCUAGAAGGAGCAGCUGUUCACAUUUCAAAGGGAAUGUGCCAUGAAGAAAAGCCUGGAGAGCAGAUUUUGGAAGGUGGCUCAGGGGGUGACUCUGUCCAUAAAGCUGAGGGGAAUCAUAUGAACGCAGAAAAGACAAAACGGGAGUCUUCGGACCCUGCAGCGCUUGAGGGAGAUACGCAGCGCAACGCAUCAGGAAACUCCGUGGAAGAAGCAGACGUUUUGCUGAGUGGACCGAAACAGCACACGCUUUCAGUCGAGCAUCAGCGUGAGGAAUUUAAAGAGGAUCUAGUUCUUAAGACUCAAAACCAACCGAGCUUCUCCUCUCCAGGCGAAAUCGGUUUGCCAGGAGAACUGGAAGAAGAGGUUCCCAUUCUGGGAAAAAAUCUUUCCUGGCAGCGAGAAAGAGACGUGGCUGCUGGCGGCCCUGAGCCCUUGAGUGGGCAGAUGAGGCUCUCUGAGGAAGAGGGCAAAGAGGGCCCCUCAGACGAAGAGUCUGCUCCUCACGAGGCAACCCGGGGCGCCCAGGAGCUGGGAAGAGCAGGCGGGGCGGCCAGCGCGGGCGGGGCGGCGGCCCCCACGGAGGAGCCGGCGGCCCCCACGGAGGAGCCGGCGGCCCCCACGGAGGAGCCGGCGGCCCCCACGGAGGAGCCGGCGGCCCCCACGGAGGAGCCGGCGGCGGAGGACGCUGAUCCCCCUGAAGAACUGCUGGAGGACGAGAACGCUGCGAGUGCGAGUGCGGAGCGCGCUACGGAGCGCCAGCCUGGGGCUCGGGACAGGCAGGCAGAUGUUGGUCUGCAAAUCCCCGGAAGUGCAGUUUUAGGGGCCACUAGUCCUGAUCCAGAAGUGGAAGAAAAGAAACGAGAAGCUAGUGUGUUGGGACGUGGAAGGAAAGGUGGAACCGCAGCCACAGGGGCCGACACUGGCGGCGCGGAGCCAGCCCGCGUGGCGGGAGACGGAGGAGGCCGCCCUCCGCUGGGUGGGAAGGCGCAGGGACCGCCGGAAGUAAGUGGCUUUCCUGACCAGAUAAAAACUCAGACUCCAGAGUUAGGGGAUGCGUUUCGGAAUAAAGAUUCCGAUUAUCUGAGAAAAGACAGCUCCUGGGAACCUGUGAAGACCCUGGAGCUUGCCGAGAAGCCGGGAGGAGAACUCUGGAGAGAGGCCCAGGAGGACGAGGAGAAAUUCGUGGACACUGAGAGCCAGGGGUCUGCUUCUGAAGGACUUGAAGAUGACCCGUUCCUCUGGACCCCACACGCGACUGUAGAGCCAGAGCCUGGUGACAACAGAGAGGACUUGCCCAUAAUUAGCAGUUUCUUUAAAGAGCAGCAGUCUCUGCAGCGGCUGCAGAAGUACUUUGCAGUCCACGAGCUGGAAGCCAUGCUACAAGGAAUGUCGCUAAAGCUGAAGUCGGCGCAGCGGGAGAGCCUGCCCUAUAACGUGGAAAAAGUCCUGGAUAAGGUCUUCCGUGCCUCUGAGUCGCACAUUCUGAGCGUCGCAGAGAAAAUGCUCGAUACUCGUGUGGCCAAAAAUAAAGAUCAGGGGAUGAAGGACAACGACGCGUUUGAAGAGGCCGCAGUGCUAGAUGACGUUCAAGACCUGAUCUACUUUGUCAGGUACGCCCACUCGGCAGAGGAGGCAGAGGAGGCGGCGCCCGCAGAGGAAGGCCAGGGCGACACUGCGGGAGAGAUGCAACCAUCCCAUGAUGAUAAUUUCUCACAAGAGAACAUAGAAGAACUUAAUAUGCAGAUUCCUGAAGAGCCCACCCAGUUGGACCAGCCUGUGACAAGGGACAUGGGAGCCUCAGAAGUGUCACAGAAGUUGAAUACUGAGAAAGAAUUGGACCGAGGGCCAAUUACAGCAGAAGGCACUCCUGUUGAUGCUGUUGAUGCAAAAAAGCAACCAGAGCUAAAUGCUGAAGAGCCAGCCAGUAUUACACCUUUGGAAAAUGCAAUCCUUUUAAUAUAUUCAUUCAUGUUUUAUUUAACUAAGACGUUAGUUGCUACAUUGCCUGAUGAUGUUCAGCCUGGGCCUGAUUUUUAUGGACUGCCAUGGAAACCUGUACUUACCACUGCCUUCUUGGGAAUUGUUUCAUUUGCUGUUUUCUUCUGGAGAACUAUCCUUGUUGUAAAGAGUAGAGUAUAUCAAGUCACUGAACAGCAAAUUUCUGAGAAGUUGAAGGCUAUCAUGAAAGAAAAUGCAGAACUUGUUAAAAAAUUGUCAAAUUAUGAACAGAAGAUCAAGGAAUCAAAGAAACAUGUUCAAGAAGCUAAGAAACAAAAUAUGAUUCUCUCUGAUGAAGCAAUUAAAUUUAAGGAUAAAAUCAAGAGACUUGAAGAAACUAAUGAAUCUCUGGAUGACACAGCUAAAAGUCUUCGUGUUAUGUUAGAAUCUGAGAGAGAACAGAAUGUCAAGAAUCAGGACUUGAUACUGGAAAACAAGAAAUCUAUAGAGAAGUUAAAAGAUGUUAUUUCAAUGAAUGCUUCAGAAUUUUCAGAGGUUCAAAUUGCACUUAAUGAAGCUAAACUUAGUGAAGAGAAGGUGAAAUCUGAAUGCCAUCGGGUUCAAGAAGAAAAUGCUAGGCUUAAGAAGAAGAAGGAGCAGUUGCAGCAGGAAAUUGAAGACUGGAGUAAAUCACAUGCUGAACUCAGUGAGCAAAUCAAAUCAUUUGAGAAGUCUCAGAAGGAUUUGGAAGGAGCUCUUACUCACAAAGAUGAUAAUAUUAAUGCUUUGACUAAUUGUAUUACACAGUUGAAUCGGUUAGAGUGUGAAUGUGAAUCUCAAUCUGAGGGUCAAAAUAAAGGAGAAAAUGAGUCAGAUGAAUUAGCAAAUGGAGAAGUUGGAGGUGACCGGAAUGAGAAGAUGAAAAAUCAAAUUAAGCAGAUGAUGGAUGUCUCUUGGACAGAAACUGCAGUAUCAGUGGUUGAAGAGGAUCUAAAACUUUUACAGUCUAAGCUAAGAGCCUCGAUGUCCACUAAAUGUGACCUGGAAGACCAAAUAAAGAAAUUAGAAGAUGACCGUAAUUCACUGCAGUCUGCUAAAGCUAGACUGGAAGAUGAAUGCAAAACCUUGAGACAGAAAGUGGAGAUUCUGAAUGAACUCUAUCAGCAGAAGGAGAUGGCUCUGCAAAAGAAAUUGAGUCAAGAAGAGUAUGAGCGGCAAGAAAGAGAGCAGAGACUGUCAGCUGCAGAUGAAAAGGCAGUUUUGGCUGCAGAAGAAGUAAAAACUUACAAGCGGAGAAUUGAAGAAAUGGAGGAUGAAUUACAGAAAACAGAGCGCUCAUUUAAAAACCAGAUUGCUACUCAUGAAAAGAAAGCUCAUGAUAACUGGCUCAAAGCUCGGGCUGCAGAAAGAGCCAUAGCUGAAGAGAAAAGGGAAGCCACCAACUUGAGACACAAAAUAUUGGAAUUAACGCAAAAAAUGGCAAUGCUGCAAGAAGAACCUGUGAUUGUAAAACCAAUGCCAGGAAGACCAAAUACACAAAACCCUCCAAGGAGAGGUGCUCUGAGCCAGAAUGGCUCUUUUGGCCCAUCCCCCGUGAGUGGUGGUGAGUGCUCCCCUCCACUGACGGUGGAGCCACCUGUGAGACCACUCUCUGCUACUCUCAAUCGAAGAGAUAUGCCUAGAAGUGAAUUUGGGUCAGUGGAUGGGCCUCUUCCUCGUCCUCGAUGGUCAUCUGAGGCACCUGGGAAACCUUCUGCCUCUGAUCCAGGAUCUGGUACAGCUUCCAUGAUGAACAGCAGCUCAAGAAACUCUUCCCCCACUAAGGUGAUGGAUGAAGGCAAGCAAACUGUUCUCCAAGAGCCUGAAGGCUCCUCAGUUCCCAGCAGUACGUCUGUGGCUGAUCAUCCAGUAGCUGUUAAUAUGGCUACAAAAGGGCCCCCUCCUUACCCAGGAGUGCCUCUCAUGAGCUCCCCUGUGGGAGGCCCUCUGCCGCCACCCAUUCGAUAUGGACCACCUCCUCAGCUCUGUGGGCCAUUUGGGCCUCGGCCACUUCCUCCACCAUUUGGUCCUGGUAUGCGUCCACCACUAGGCUUAAGAGAAUAUGCACCAGGAGUUCCACCUGGAAAACGGGACCUGCCUCUUGAUCCUCGGGAAUUUUUACCAGGACACACACCAUUUAGACCUUUAGGUUCUCUUGGCCCAAGAGAGUACUUUACUCCUGGUACCCGACUACCACCCCCAACCCAUGGCCCCCAGGACUACCCACCACCACCUGCUGCAAGAGACUUACUGCCUUCAGGCUCUAGAGAUGAGCCUCCACCUGCUACUCAGAGCAGUAAUCAGGACUGUUCACAGGCUUUAAAACAGAGCCCGUAACUAUGACCUCUGACGUUUAGUUGGAGAGAAAGUGGACUGUGCACUCACUGUUCGUUAGUUACAGUAAAUGAUUUCAUUGGCUUCAAAAUCCAAAAGUUUAUUUUAAAAGGUUUGUUUUUAGAACUAAGCUGCCUUGGCAGUGUGCACUUUUGAGCCAAACAAUUAAUAUCAUUUUCCCCUUAAAUAAAAAUCACCUCUUAAGCUAGUAUGUCCUUACAACUUUGAAAUGUGCAAUAAAGAAUACCUGUGUUUUAGCUAAUGUAGCAUAUGUAAUUGCUAAGUGAUUUAGAAUGUCAUGAACAUUUCCUGUGGAAAUGCUUUAAGAACACGUAUUUCCAUUAUCCUGUUUUUAGUGUACACCAGUUUUAAUACAGAGCCAUGGUGUUUCUAAGCUUGAGGUUUUUUUUUAAAUAUCUAGUCGCAAAGACUGUUACGCUAAACAUGUUUACUGAAAGAUCACUAAACUUUAUCUCCCCUCUUGCUGAAGUUCUUUAUAGUAAUAGUUCAUAAAAAUUUAUUAAUAUUUCCCAAGCGUUUAUUGAUUUAUUGGACUGUUAUGAGGCUUGUACCAUUUGGGAAACAUGUAAACUCAAGCUCCCAGAACUGAAGACAGUGUCUUGGCAGCACACUUCAUGUUGUUUGUGGCUAAAGUGUUUCGACCUCCAUCACCUCUGAACUCAACAAGUGAUUUCUUUUUAUUUCAAAGAGGUCAAUGGUCCCACCUGUGUAGCAUUCGUGUGCUUUCUUAUGACCCUCAUUGUCUAUUUGAGAUUGGUUUUCUGUGUGAGAGUCUACAGGAGUAGCAAUUAUUGAACCUUAUGUUCUGCUUUUACUAUUCUUGUGGUAAGAUGUGUUACAGAAAACUGAAAAUGUCAUGACCAUAAAAAGGAAUUUCUUUUUAAAAA